AUGAAUUUGAACAGUAUCUUGAAAACAGGUCCAGUACGACAGGCAUCAUCCAAAGGCACUAAGUCAACUUCCGAACCAACCAUCGUACUGCUCAUCCCUUGCAUAGAGCAUUGCGGCUAUCUGCCUAUGUUAGAACACAAUAAACAUUUUGGUCUCGAAGCAGUUUAUGUUAUGUGUAACUGGUCAUCUUCUAUUACAAGAUUUUAUGAGCGGUCCGAGGCCUUGGAUUCCGUCGGUUGCUUCAAAAAGCUGGAAAAAGCUUGUGAACGUAAAAGUCUUGAAACGUUUCGGAUGGCCGAUAACAUGCGCCCUCAUAGACGAAGAACAAAUCCUCGUGGAAUCAGCCAUGGCCUCUUAAGAUGUACAAAUCAAAAUUGUAGAGCUAUGACUGAUAACACAAAUAUAAUUGUUCCUCGUCUGUGGAAUCUUGAUAAGGAGCCUUGCUUGAACAUAGUUGAUAUUUUUCGAUCACUUCCAACUGAAAAUGGCAUUCCCCCAAGAUUUCGACGUGUAUAG